CGGCUGUUGGCCCACCCUCAUCCCAGCCCUGGGGUUAGGGGGAGCGGGCAGGAGAGCCCCCACCACUUUCUCACAUCCUCCCUCUCCUGGCCCCAGUGCAGCUCUUUGCCCCGCCCAGCUCCCUCAGUCCCUCUGGUCGCUUGAGGGACUGUGCUAGCCCUGCCAACCCACUGUAAUGUGAGGCUCCUGCUGCCGCUACUGGGUGCAGACUGGCUGCCAAGGCCACGCUUUUGGCUAAAAGAGGCACCGCCAGGUGCAUAGCCCUGGGCAUGAGCCUUUCAGCUGCGGGGAAAGUCCAGCACUGGUCCCAAGGACGGUGCCUAGAAGAACAGGGUGCAGGACCCUCAUGGUGAGUCUCUGGCUGCAGAUGGGGAGGCAAAGGCUGGGGGACCGAGUGGCCCCAAACCACCAGGAGGAAGAGGGGCGAGCUGCCCUCAAGACACCUGCUCCUGGGGUCCCCCUAGCACAGGAGGUCCUGAGGGCUGGCUUGCCUGGCUUUCCCUCGAGCAAUGAGAAAAGUCACUGGCCGGCCCCUCCGUGGCCCUAUUCAGUUAGUUGAACACACCUGGACCUGAGAUGGACCACACCAGGAAGGCCUGUGGAGGUCUGACCCACAAACAUGCAGGUGACAGUUGGGACCCAACAGAAGGCCAGCUAGUGGGGCCCCAAGGGUGUUUGGGGUUCAGGAAAUCUGGUGGGGCUCAGAAAGGCUAGCUGGGCUUAAGUUUCAUGCAGGAAACUUCUAAGAGUGGGACCAGCUGUUAGAUCCACAGGAAAGUGGAAGGAAGGGGGACAGACCUGCACCAGCGCUCGGGGCAGCUCAGCUCUCAGACCAGGCUGGUGUGGAGCUUUGGCUGCCCCCCGGGGAGUUGCUCAGGCCUGAGUCUGGCUGAGGGUAGGGAAAAGCCCACCCCACUUUGAGUCUGCGUGCUUGACAGAUGCUGCCCCCUGGUGGCCAUAGGGAACCAUGGCCCAGGCCCCAGGUUCUUAGAGGGCCCAUCUGCUGGCUCUUGAAGGACAUCUGUGAUCAAAAGAGACAACUCAUGUGGCUCUGGGUCCAAAGCUCACAGAGGAACAAGGUUCGGCAGCAUUGGGUGGGUGGCACCGGCUGAGGCCUGAACCUCACUAUCAUAAGAAAACUUGGACCAACCAGCAAGCACCCUAAUUCUUCAGGCCACAGCUGCUGCUUGUAUGGCAUGGAGAGAACGCUGUCUGGGGGACCAAGGGGGUCCAGCUACUCCCUUCUGGCAGCUCCAGCCCUGCAGCAGGAAGGCUGGGGAGGGGGGGAGGGUAUUUCCAAAUACCCCCUCCCCCAGCUGUGUGAGUCUAGCCUUGUGACCUUAACUUGUUGACCUUCUCUGAGCUCAUUUGGAAAAUGGGGAUUAUGCCACUUACCUCAUGGAGUUGUAAGGACAGAGAGAGAAGAGAGAACAGGUGCAAAGCACCAACCCAGAGUUAAGUUCCUGAUGCAGCUACUUCUCCCGGGUUGAGUCCGCCUAUCCAACCCCUUGUUCCUCACCUGGGGAAACUGAAAUGGAGGGAUGACCUUCUCAAAGAUAACUCCUCUCUCAAUGUUCCAAGCUGCCUCAAGAAGAGGGUGGGGGAACAAGUCGACUAGGCUGAUGGGAGAUCCUGGUAUUGACAGAGAUGGAGCCUGGACGUGGAGGCCCUUCUGUGCUGCCCCGCUGGCCCCCGCCUAGGCGGCAGCCUGCCCUGUGGCCAUCGCUGGCCACUCUGGUGCUGCUGAGCAGUGUUGCUGAGGCCUCCCUGGGCCUCGCGCCCCGCAGCCCCGCCGCCCUCGAAGGCCCCGCGCCCGCCCCGGCGCCCCCCGCCGGCCACCUGACCGGUGGCCGCGCUUCCCGUUUCUGCAGCGGAAGAGCCCGGCGGCCGCCCCCCAAGCCGUCCCGGCCCGCGCCCCCGCCGCCCGCGCCCUCGCCCGCGCCCUCCCGCGGCGGCCGGGCCGCGCGUGCCUGGGUCCGAGGUGUCCGCGCGAGCCGGCGGGGCCGCGCGCGGGCCGUGGGGGAGCGGGGCUGCCGCCUGCGCUUGCAGCUGGUGCCGGUGGGCGCGCUCGGCCUGGGCCACAGCUCCGACGAGCUGGUGCGUUUUGGCUUCUGCAGCGGUUCUUGCCGCCGCGCGCGCUCCCAGCACGACCUCAGCCUCGCCAACCUGCUGGACAAGGGGGCCCUGCAGCUGCCUCCGGGCUCCCGGCCGGUCAGGCAGCCCUGCUGCCGACCCACGCGCUACGAGGCUGUCUCCUUCAUGGAUGUCAACAGCACCUGGAGGACCGUGGAGCAGCUCUCAGCCACUGCCUGCGACUGCGUGGGCUGAGAGCUCUCUCCAAGGAUUUGCGGAUGGCACCCUGACAUGGGGACGCUUCCUGCCUGGAAGGGACCACGGGCCUCAACCAGAGAUGGACGCCAGAGGCCUCCGCCGGGCUGGUGAUGGGCAUCAGCCCUGGAGGAUGAGGGACGACAGUCCUCACCUUGCUAGUCCCAGCCAUACAGACACCAGACACCUCGGCUACGGAGACCUCAGGACCGCUUCGCACAGGCUCUGGCACUGAGCAGGCCACGGAGCCAGGACUCCUCCUCCGGGGAACCCAGCAGAGUUUGCGGUCCCAGCCUCCGCCCUGGUCCUGGGGGUACAGAAUGGGAGGCGACACACUGCAGUCGCAUUGCUGAAGUGCCGGUGGUGGAGCGGCCUGGUACUCACUCCUGGGACCUGGACCCCUAUUUAUUAUUUCUAAGUUAUUUAUUUACUUCUGUGGUUUGUCAGAUCCUUUCCUGGGCAGUGGGGGCUGGAUGGGUAGAAGCAGCUGGCUGGAGAUCAUGCCGGGACCUUCCCACUCACAACUGCAGGCUGACUCAGCAAUCCCAGGCCUGGCCAUCCGGGAUCUCCAGCUGCUUCCUCUAACCAGCAGCGCUGGGACGCGGGGCCAUGGCACACAGAGUGGGUGGCCAAGGUUCGCUCACCAGUCCUGGCAGGCUGGCUUACGGCCCCUUGCACAGUCCCCAGCACUUGGGGGUUGGGGCUACUGGUAGAGAAAGCCCGGCCCUUGUGACCUCAGGCAUCCUGGGGGCCUUGCUUCAUGGGUAACGAUACAGAAAACCACACAUUACCACCCCAGGCACUGAUCAGUGCCCUACCCUCAGGGCACUCUGACAGGAUAUUCACUGCCUCUGAUUGCAGAUGGUCCAGUAUGGUGAGCUCACCACCCACAUUUCAUGAAGCAAUCCAGGGCAAGAGAGCAUCUGAAAAGGCCAGUGGGAGGCUAGGUUGGGGGGACGAAGCGCAGAGCAUCAAAGGGCUAGGAAUGCAGGAAAAGACUGAGGGCCCCAAGAGGGACCUGCAUCUUGGGUGAUGAACAAGAACAUUCAUGUAUUCAUUCUACAAAUAUUUAUUAAGUAUCUCUCAUAUGUCAGACACUGGGUAGACAUCAGGGACACAGAAGAGAAGGGGCCAUGAUUUUUGUCCUAAGGUUAAACUAGGAGAGACUGACAUUAAAUAAUUACAUAAAUAAUUAUUUAAAUGCAGUUUGGCAAAGAGUAUGAGAAGGGACAAGAAGCUAAGAGUCACACACCUUCAUCGGGAAGGGGAAGAGGUUAAUGCUGACCCUGGCCUUCCACACUGUCCCUGAGUCACCUCCAAAAAGGCAGUGCAAUCCCUCUAAGCGUCUCUGCAUGUCCCACAAAACCUUGUUUCCUGGGUCCUAUUCCUUUGUCCCGGAUGGUUUUCUCCUUUGGGAAUACGAUGGGGACGUGUAUUUGGAAAGGAUGCUGAGUCUGAGGAACCAUGGGACACCCAGAGGGGCGGUCAGGAGGCUGUGGGCUAUGCUGGUCUGGGACUGAGGAGGGAGAUUUGGGCUGGAGGCCGUUUGGGCAGCUGUGAGCACAGAGGCAGUAGCUGCAGCCAGGGUGCACGAGAGCAUCAUGAGAGUGAGGCGGGUCCGGGUGGGAUCCCUCCGGCAUUUGACACUGCUGACCAACAUUGCUUCCAGGCUGCCCACGUGCCUGCCUGCUUCAGCACAGGGGCCCCUUUGGCCAGAGUGAGGUACUGGCAAGAGCCCUCUGAGGGCUGUGCUCACUCUGGGUCAAGGAGGAGAAAGCUGUGCUUCCACUCUUCUGUGUUCACUGCCCCAGUUCUAGGUGCUCCUCAAACGUUGGUGCUCCCUUGCUACCCUCACACACCCCCUUGGUCCCUCUACCUCCAAACUGAUUCAGGAUCCUCAGUCUCCAAACACCCUUGCAACUCCCAACCCCCCCCCCGCAAAGAAAAUGGCACUAGUGCCACACAGUUUACACACACCUCCUUGGCCCUGGUUGAGGGUAAAGGGGGACGUCCUGUUAAUUCCAGGGUCAGUGGGGCCAGGGAGCCCUGCUGGAAAGACUUGAACGCUGGGCCUAGUUCCCAUAUCCCCCAACCCCCGCCCCUCAGUGCCACUUCAGGAGACAGACUAAAGCCAUCUCUGACAAUGCUCACAGCGAGGCAGGUCUGAACCCAGGCCAAAGGUGCUGGCUCUCAACAUCCCCAAACUGCCAGUUCUUGAGGGAGUAGGGCCCCCCCAACUCAGGAGUGCACUGUGGACACCAGGGAGAUUGUACCCAACAUCUCACAAAGUCCCAGAUGAAAUGGCAGCGUCUCCAAGAGGAACAUUCCCACAGAGCUAGUCUGUUUGCAGCUCACCACAACUCAAAUCCCUCUUUUGAACAAGACACAAAAUAAUAAAGCCAUUUUCCCCAAAGAAAACAAGAGCUGCACUUCUUUUCAUACAACUUAGCAGAGGGCACCUGGCACCUGACCUCACCAGGCAGACAACUUCCACCCCGGGGGCCACAGGUGGCUUUAGUGUCUCCAUUUUCAACUGUAGUCUUUGUUUUACAUUCAAAACGACGUGGCCCUCCCAGAACAACGGUAUGGUCUCCUCCGAAGGGUAUCAAGUCACUACCUCUUGUAAGACAGAGAACUACAGACCUCUUUGAUGUGACUGUUUCUCCACUUCAGGGAGCACCCAAAACUGCCCUCUAGAUUUAUUUCAUUCAAGAAUCAAGGUUCAGCGUUCCGUGUGCUCCUUCCACCCUUGCCAAUUGCUUUCUCCUCUCUUGCCCCGGGAUUGCCGUUUUCCCCGGCUGAAGACCCCUGUGAUUGAAUGUUUGUGGACUGGGUGACUGAGGUCUCAUCUUGAAAAGCAUAAGAUGGGUAGAAAGUUGAGAGAUCAGAGAACAAUCUAGAAUUGUGCCAUAUGAGAUCACCUUUCUUGUUCACAGGAGUGCUUCUUAACCUGUUUUGGAGUUGGACAAUCCUUAGAGAAUAUGAUAAAAGCCAAGGAUCUUCCGCUACCC